CAAGCUACUAAGACUACAGCUGAAAAUUGUUAUCGGAUUAAUUUAAGAUUUUACGUAGCAACGUAAACAAAAUAAUAAUAAAAAGGUAAAAAAAUUAAGCCAACCAAUCAUUGCUUUUCAACGUCUCAAAAGUGCAGUGCAAAAUAUUUUACUAAGCAAGAAGUUUCGAACGUUACAAAAUGCAAUCACAAAUUGAAAUGGUUGAAAUAAAUUUGAAUACACCAACGACACCAAGCACACCAAGCUCACCAGAGCAGCGUUUCGAGCAGGCCACCGAUGCCAUUUUGAAUUAUGUUCUCGGUGACACUGUGCGGGAGCGCGAUGAUGAGCUGGGGACAAGCGUGGUGGAGGAAUCGUUGACUCGACGCAACCAAACGCGCACCGCUUGGGCCCCGCCGUCUGUGGAUGAUAAGAAGCCCCACCUGCGUUUUUUCGCUGUCGGCCCAAGCACCUAUCAGAUACGCUGCCCGCUAUGCAAGCAACGCGCCGACACUGAGACAGUGCAAAUGAGCGGGAUUCUGGGGCAUCUCAGCUGCCUGCUAUCAACGUUAUCCUGCUGCUUCCCCAUUUUCUCCCUGUCCUUUGUGUAUGUCUGCCUGCAGAGUCGUUUGAAGAGUAAACGCAUGUUUUGCAAUAGAUGCGGCGGACAUCUGGGUUUCUUCUGGCGGCCAACUUGAAAUAAUGUUUUAUUACACAUAUUAAGAUAUUCAUACGUAUGUAGAUAUGUAUGUGUAGAAAAUAAGAUAUAAUUGCUCAAAUGAUAUUUUGACUGACAUACAUAUUC